CAUCCUCUUUGACCGCAGUUGAGGAAGUGGUGCAGUUUGCAGGAUGUUCUUUUAAAUGAAGCUCAAGCUCUUUUGAAACAUCUUGUAAUUCUGCUCUUUUAGAUAGAAAUGACGCCGCGUUGGGUCCUCGCUGCUCUUCUUCUGUGCACUUCUGUGUUUGAUUGUGAAGCAAAAGCAUUGCCUUCGCUUCCAGAUUUUGGUCCCACUUACCAUGUCAGAGGUGUGAUUUCUUUACCUUACGCCGAGAUCAAGGAGCCAUUUGAGGCCUGGUUUGACCUGAAGGCCAAGUCCAGUCGUAUAGAUUAUUAUAAUGGGCAGGUGUCGACGUACCAGCUGGGGGCGGAGCCUCCUUGGGGAGCUUCCUACAAAAUCACUCCUGAGACCACAGAAGAAGAAGUGAACGUGAUGAAGUGCUUCCAGGUCAACGGGACUAAAGAGGAUCUCGUCCAGCCGCAAUCCUCCCUGCCGGAUGUCCAAGGCUUCCAGUUCCUGAGGAUGGAGGAGUACGGGGGCCGCCUGUGCCAGGUGUGGCAGAACGUCAGCACGGUGGGCUACAAGAAGAACACCUACACCCUGUGGGUCACUCAUGAGGACGCUCCCACGCCGCUUCACUACCAGAUGAUGGGCUACAACACGCUGCUGGGCUCCCACUUUGACAAAUACUUGGUGGACUACAGCGAUUUCAGCUCCUACGUGGAUCCUCAAGCGUUGGCGCUUCCCCAAGGUCGGAGCUGCGGCGGCUUCCCUGGGCCGGGAGUGGAAGAUCACACGCUGGCCAACCCCAUGAAGGAUCUCAUGCACACCUCGCCUUCUCAACACAUCUUUGCUCAUUUCAAGGAGAAGUUUCAGCGUCGCUACGGCGACCAACGCGAGCACGAGAAGCGGGAGCACGCCUUCUUGCACAAUCUCAGAUACGUUCACUCCAAGAACCGAGCAGGUCUUCCCUUCACGCUGGCACUCAACUCCCUGUCAGACCGCACCAUGGCGGAGUUGGACGUCAUGAGGGGACGAAAGCGUGGGAAGACUCCAAACCGAGGACGUGCCUUCCCGUCCGUGAUGUACCAAGGAGUCCAAGUCCCUGAGUCCCUGGACUGGCGGCUCUAUGGCGCCGUGUCGCCCGUGAAGGACCAAGCAAUCUGUGGAUCCUGCUGGAGCUUCGCCACCACCGGAGCACUAGAGGGCGCUCUCUUCCUGAAGACGGGAUCGCUGCAGCUUCUGUCCCAGCAGAUGUUGGUGGAUUGUACUUGGGGCUUCGGGAACAACGCCUGCGAUGGCGGCGAGGAGUGGCGGGCGUACGAGUGGAUGAUGAAACAUGGCGGCAUCGCCACCGCCGAGUCAUACGGACCUUAUAUGGGAAUGAACGGAUUUUGCCACGUGAACGCGUCCCAGCUGACGGCCCGCGUCCAAAGCUACACCAACGUGACGUCCGGCGACGCGGAGGCCCUCAAGGUGGCGCUGUUCAAAAACGGCCCCGUCGCCGUGAGCAUCGACGCCUCGCAUCGAUCGUUUGUCUUCUACAGUCACGGCGUCUACUUCGAGCCGGCGUGCGGGAACGCCAGCGCCGACUUGGAUCACGCCGUGUUGGCGGUGGGAUACGGCACCCUGGGCGGACAAUCCUAUUGGUUGAUCAAGAACUCGUGGUCCACCUAUUGGGGCAACGACGGCUACAUCCUCAUGUCCACUAAGGACAACAACUGCGGCGUCACCACGGAUGCCACGUACGUCACGCUGGCUUGAGCAAGAGGAUUUUUAACACCUUUUUAAUAACUGAGGAGCCAUCAAGAUUUUAUUCAUUUCUAAGGAAUCAAAAUGUCAAAUAACAGCUUCGUUUUUUCCCAACAA